AUGGCUGAUCCCCUCAAUAACACUAGUAAGGCUGAGGCUGUUCACACCGUUGAUAGUGACCUAGAAAUCAACAAGGAUGAACAAGGGUUUGCUAAGAAUACCAAUGUUACUGAGGAUGUCAAUGACAUCGACAAUAAUGAGCACCCUAAGGCCAAUACUGAAACUGAUACUAAUGUGGUAGACUUAGAUGAGUACUCUGACGAUGAAUUACUUACCUCCUCGAAUCCUAAUGUAGCCAACAGGCUAAUAACAACAAGAAAAGGAAAAGCUGUUGUCCAAGGAUCACUUAAAAGGAGCACUCAAGUGAACAACCCUGCCAAAGACGUUGUCAAGAAGAAGAGUACUUCUGCAGGUCCUGUCAAGAGCAAAGCUAUAACCAAGAGUAAAGUGGUUGGUCCAUCGAAAACUUUAAGCAAGGUCAUUCCAAAGAAAAGAAAGGAGCGGGAAAUUGUUGAACCUAAAUCUGAUGUUGAAGUGAAUGUCCCUGACAUUCCAUCAAGGAAGAAGCCUACAACCAGUAAGCUUACUGCAAGUACUCCUGAAGUUCCCAUUGAUAAUGUGUCUUUCCACUAUGCUUCUAGUGCCAGCAGAUGGAAGUAUAUUCUCCAAAAGAGAUUGGCUGUUGAAAGGGAAUUGGAUCCAAAUUAUCUUGAGAACAAGGAGGUCUUAGAGCUGAUUCAAGAAGCUGGACUACUAAAAACUGUUUGCAAUCUUCCCAAAUGUUAUGAGAAACUGGUCAAAGAAUUUGUGGUGAACCUAUCUGAAGAUUGUGGCAACAGCAGGAGUGCAGACUACAUAAAGGUGUCUGUAAGAGGUAAGUGUGUAUCGUUCUCUCCUUCUGUGAUUAAUAAAUUCAUGGGAAGAACAGAUGAAGCUCAAACCGAGCUGGAAGUAACAGACAACUAA